UUGUCCACCAACCCUAUAAAUAUCGUCAUCCUACAAAUCCAAUCACCCACAACUUUGAGCAAUCAAAAACUUAAAAUUUCGUUCCUCUCUCCGAAUUCAAGGGUCAAACCCAUGGCUCUCUCCAAAACUACUUCUGAAUCCGAUAUAUCGAUCCACUCCACUUUCGCUUCAAGAUACGUUCGGGCCGCUCUCCCAAGGUUUCGGAUGCCGGAGAAUUCGAUACCGAAGGAGGCAGCGUAUCAGAUAAUCAACGAUGAGCUGAUGCUCGAUGGAAAUCCGAGGCUGAACCUGGCUUCGUUUGUGACUACAUGGAUGGAGCCAGAGUGUGAUAAGCUUAUUAUGGCUGCGAUUAACAAGAAUUAUGUCGAUAUGGAUGAAUACCCCGUUACCACUGAGCUUCAGAAUCGAUGCGUGAAUAUGAUUGCCCAUCUCUUCAAUGCUCCGCUUGGUGACUCGGAAACUGCGGUAGGAGUUGGAACAGUGGGCUCCUCUGAGGCCAUUAUGCUUGCUGGGCUAGCAUUCAAGAGGAGGUGGCAGAACAAACGCAGGGCCGAGGGAAAGCCUUGUGACAAGCCCAACAUUGUCACCGGAGCAAAUGUCCAAGUUUGCUGGGAGAAGUUUGCGAGGUACUUUGAAGUUGAGCUGAAGGAAGUGAAGCUAAGAGAUGGGUACUAUGUUAUGGACCCUGAAAAGGCUGUGGACACGGUAGACGAGAACACUAUUUGUGUGGCUGCGAUCUUGGGUUCGACACUUAAUGGAGAAUUUGAGGAUGUCAAGCUCCUGAACGACCUCUUGAUUGAGAAGAACAAAGAAACAGGGUGGGAUACACCAAUUCACGUAGACGCAGCAAGUGGUGGAUUUAUUGCCCCGUUCCUGUACCCGGAGCUAGAAUGGGACUUCCGACUUCCUCUAGUGAAGAGCAUCAACGUUAGCGGCCACAAAUAUGGCCUAGUGUAUGCAGGCAUUGGGUGGGUCAUUUGGAGGAGCAAAGAGGACUUGCCUGAGGAACUCGUUUUCCAUAUUAAUUAUCUCGGAGCUGAUCAACCUACUUUCACUCUCAAUUUCUCCAAAGGUUCUAGUCAGAUUAUCGCGCAAUACUAUCAGUUAAUUCGCUUGGGGUUCGAGGGAUACAAGAACAUAAUGGAGAACUGCCAAGAAAACGCAAUGGUCCUAAAACAAGGCCUCGAAAAAACCGGUAGAUUCAAUAUCGUUUCCAAGGACAAUGCCGUCCCCUUAGUUGCAUUCUCGCUCAAAGAUCGAACCAGACACAAUGAGUUUGAAGUGUCAGACCACCUGAGACGUUUCGGUUGGAUCGUGCCAGCUUACACAAUGCCACCCGAUGCACAACACAUCACAGUCUUACGAGUCGUUAUUAGAGAGGAUUUCAGUCGAACGCUCGCUGAGAGGCUCGUUCUUGAUAUAGAGAAGGUUCUUCAUGAGCUCGAUACAUUGCCUUCAAAGUUGCUUAUGACUAGUGAAGAGAAGAAGGUGAUGAGGAAUACUAAUGGGGUUGUUAAGAAGAAUGCACUUGAGACUCAGAGGUCGGUGACGGAGGCUUGGAAGAAGUUUGUUUUGAGUAAGAAGACCAAUGGAGUUUGUUAAUUAGCCUGUUAUAUAAAGAUUGGGACUAUUUUCUUAUUUAUGAGUAUUCGUAGUCUUGUGUUAGUAAUUUUUAUGAGGUAUGAAUGUAAAGACUAUUAUGUAUUUUCGUUCAAAAAAAAAAAAGACUAUUAUGUAUUUGAG